AUGGAUCCGAGUAACUUCGUAAACAACACUAAUAUUUCUAACAUCGAGCGUGAGCUAGAGGCCUUGGGUCCAGACUUGCAAAUUUUUCUAAUCGCUCUAUAUUCUCUGAGCGCAUUCUUAGCAUUAGGCGGGAAUGUUACUGUCAUCGCCGUCUUAACUUUUGGGAAGAAGUCUUCCCGUGAGUUACGGGCCUACCUCGUCAACUUAGCAGCUUCAGACAUCACUAUGGCGACCUUUUCAAUCCCUUUCACCUACACGGACUUUAUGUUAGGGCGAUGGAUUUUUCAGCCAUUUUUUUGUCCUAUCGUGUUGUUCAUGCAGCAUUGUUCAGUUACUGUUAGUGUUUUUACCCUAACAGUCAUCGGAUUAGACAGGUAUUACGCCAUAAUGUAUCCUCUUGGCUUGCAGUGGACUAAGUCCAAGGGAACAGCCAUCAUAGCCGUCAUUUGGACAGUAGCUUGUGGUGUGUCUAGUGUCCAGUUGAUUCACGGACGGGCAGAAGUGUUCUUUUUACAAGGCCAGAUGUUUUACGACUGCAAUGAAGUUAUGGGUGAAUUCGAUACUCCUACUGAUAGAACCUUGUACACAGUUUCUGCUGAUGGAGUUUUGGUUACAGCUCCUACUGAUAGAACCUUGUACACAGUUUCUGCUGAUGGAGUUUUGGUUACAGCUCCUACUGAUAGAACCUUGUACACAGUUUCUGCUGAUGGAGUUUUGGUCACAGCUCCUAAUGAAACGUGGAGUACCUUUAACCACCAACACUUUUAUACUGGUGUUAUCAAGAUGCUGGCUACUGUUGUUCUGCUCUUUGCUGUUUGCUGGCUCCCGAUCCACACUUUCAACUUGUUAAUAUAUUUCAAGGAGGGUUUCACUAUCGUUAACAGCCAGGAGGAGUAUUUUGCUUUUGUUGCUGCCUUCUUUUGUUGCCACUGGCUUUCCAUGGCUAACAGCUUCGUAAACCCCAUCAUUUACUGCUUCAUGAGCGAAAACUUCAGGGCUGAUCUGAGACAGAUGUGUUUACUCUGCUGUUCGUCCAGGACUGCAAGAUCGACAAGAUUAAACUUUCAGAUAACCCGUGGCCGUUAUGCGGGCUCGUUUCGAACCACAACUGACGUUAUAGUAACAACGAACCAUUCCAACUUUACUCCGCCUAUUACGAUCCGCAUGAAAUCGUUUUCCAAUCCUAUGCCUGAAAAAUAA